GUCUUCAGCUGUUGCAGUCCAGCAGUCCAGUCAACUCAACCUCCCCCCAUGGAUACGCCAACAUUUUUCUUCUUUAUCCCGUUUCUUUCGAAUUUCCUUAACCCCAAAAACCCAAGUACUCUCUCUUUACAAGUACUUGUAAAAUCUGUCCUUUUUCUGCAAUCUCCUCUGUGUCUUCCUCCUCCGGUUUUCGUCCCACCUGAAGCCAAAACAAUCACUGUAAUAGUCCUAUUUAACGCAUGCAUAUGUAUAGUUGAGAAAGAACGGUGGAAAGAUUUCUCAGCACUUAGCUAACAAUGAAGAAGUGUGAGGAGAGCAUCCCUUUACUCCAUUUCUCCUUGUUUUUCAUGUUCUUGUUCUGUCCUUCGGUCUUCUCUGAACUACCCUCAAACCAAAAAACCACCAUGAUCGAUCUUUCUAAUCUCCUUAACAAAACAGAUUUAUCAUGGAAUAUUAGCAAGGAUCCAUGUUCAUGGAAGGGAGUUACCUGCAGCUCUGGGAAUUCUUCCAUAACAGAAAUCUCUCUAUCGGGCUUUUCCCUCUCUUCCUCAGACUUUCUGCCUCGUCUUUGUCAGAUAGAUUCUUUGAUGAGUAUUGAUGUCUCCAACAACGCUCUGACCUUAAUCCCGGAGGAAUUCAUCAAGGGUUGCGGGGAGAUUGGAGGGCUGGAGCGCUUGAAUAUUAGCAGAAACAGGUUGGUUGGUCCUCUGCCUACUUUUCAAGGAUUCGUUGGGUUGAAGUUCUUGGACCUGUCUUUCAAUUCAUUGAAUGGAAACAUUGGUUUACAGUUAGAUGGAUUGAUUGCCCUCAAAAGUUUGAAUCUUAGUGGCAACAAGUUCAAUGGCCUUAUCCCUACCAAUCUUGGGAAAGCCAUGGUUUUAGAGCAGCUUGAGCUCUCUGUGAAUGGCUUUGAAGGUGGAAUUCCUGAUCAAAUAAUGGGUUACCAGAAUUUGACUCUGAUUGACUUAGGUGAAAAUAAACUUUCCGGCCCUGUUCCUGAUAGAAUUAAAGACCUCUCUAAAUUGGAAGUUUUGAUUCUAUCUUCCAAUAAAUUCAGUUGGCAAAUCCCAGGAGCCAUUUCAAAUAUCAGAACCCUUUCACGUUUUGCAGCCAAUCAAAACAACUUUAAAGGUACAGUUCCCAGUGGAAUUACAAGAUUCCUCAAGAACUUAGACCUUAGUUAUAACAAGUUAAGCGGGUCGAUUCCUUCAGACAUGUUGUCGCCGUCAAAUUUGCAGUCUGUAGAUUUGUCUUAUAAUUUGUUAAAGGGAUCGAUACCUUCAAACAUAUCUUCAAGUUUGGUCAGGUUGAGGUUGGGAAGCAAUUCUCUUGAUGGGCCAAUCCCUUCUUCGGUGUUUGGAAAACUUGAGAAAUUGAUGUACUUAGAGCUGGAUAACAAUAGCUUGACCGGGCUUAUACCUCCGGAUUUGGGUUCUUGCCUGAGCUUGGCACUGUUGAAUUUGGCAGGGAAUAACCUGACUGGUACUUUGCCGGGACAGUUGGGAAAUCUAAACCGUCUUCAAGUUAUGAAGCUUCAAUCCAACAGGCUGGUUGGAGAAAUCCCGGUUGAAAUUACUCAACUACAGAAAUUGUCUACACUGAAUAUCAGCUGGAAUUUGCUGAACGGUUCAAUACCUUCUUCGAUUUCAAGCUUGCGAUACCUUACUAACAUGAACUUACAAGGUAACCAUCUCAAUGGUUUGAUACCAGACGGUAUUUCCGGUUUGGAUUCUCUGUUAGAACUCCAGCUUGGAGGAAACCAAUUGACCGGUAAGAUUCCAAUGAUGCCGGCAUCAUUGCAGAUUGCUCUAAAUCUCAGCAGCAACCUCCUUGUGGGACCUAUUCCAUUUCCUUUUUCACGGCUUACAGGAUUAGAAGUUUUGGAUCUCUCAAACAAUCAAUUGACAGGGGAAAUUCCAACGUUUCUAACUGGAAUGAGAUCCUUGACACGGUUGCUGCUUUCUAACAAUCAACUAUCUGGAAUUAUUCCAGAGUUUGGUUCAUGGCUUACUUUUGAAGCAAGAGGAAAUGUGCAUCUUAUUAACACUACAACAUCAAACACUUCACCAAAAUCAGCCAAGAAGGGAAAAUCAGUUGCCACUGCGCUUCUGAUUGGGUUUGCAGCUGCUCUUUUCACUGUUGGGGUUGUCACAGGCCUUGCUUUAUCAAUCUCAAGACGAUAUUACAGGGUUAAUGAUGAACAACCACAAUCAGCAGAGGAUCUUCCCCCUCCUCCCCCUCCUCAGGUCAUCCAAGGCAAUCUAUUAACCGCAAAUGGAAUCCACAGAUCGAAUAUCGACUUCACCAAAGCUAUGGAAGCAGUUGCAUACUCAAAAAACAUUACGCUGAAGACUAGGUUUUCAACCUAUUACAAAGCCAUCAUGCCAUCCGGAUCAAGCUACUUUGUUAAGAGGAUUAAUUGGAGUGAUAAGAUAUUCCAAUUCGGCAACCACGAUAAAUUCUGGCGAGAGUUGGAGGUUUUGGGGAAACUGAGCAAUUCAAAUGUGAUGACUCCUUUAGCCUAUGUUUUGUCUGUUGACAAUGCUUAUCUGUUUUAUGAAUUUUCUCCAAAGGGAACCCUUUUUGACGUUCUUCAUGGUAGCCUGGAAAAUGCUUUGGAUUGGGCGAGCAGAUACAGCAUAGCAGUUGGGGUCGCUCAGGGUCUUUCUUUUCUGCAAGGUUGCACCCCCGGCCCGAUACUGCUACUUGAUCUAUCAAGCAGAAACAUCAUGCUGAAGUCCCUCAAGGAACCUCAAAUUGGAGAUAUUGAGCUAUGCAAGGUGAUCGAUCCCUCAAAGAGCACUGGAAGCCUUUCUAUGGUUGCUGGUUCUGUUGGCUAUAUUCCUCCAGAGUAUGCUUACACGAUGAGAGUAACAAUGGCCGGGAACGUUUACAGUUUUGGGGUCAUUCUCCUGGAACUGCUGACCGGAAAACCAGCUGUUAGUGAGGGAACUGAGUUGGCCAAGUGGGCCUUAAGCAACUCAGUCAGGCAAGACAAGUGGGAUCACAUCCUUGACCCUAAUAUCAGCAGAACAUCACUUGCCAUCAGAAGUCAGAUGCUUCAAGUCCUGAAGGUUGCUCUUGGUUGUGUAAAUGUAUCACCUGAAGCAAGGCCAAAGAUGAAGAAUGUGCUAAGGAUGCUCCUAAACGCAAGAUAAAAGCAUACCCUCAUGAGAUAAAAUCAUCUUGGAAAUUGAGGUUCUAUACUUUCUUAGUAGAGAAUUGGUAAAAGGGAAAAUCUUCUUUCUCCAUGGAAGAACUGGAAGCAUUCUUUUGAUCAAUCCGAAUGUAGUAGUUACAAAUUUUAUUUAUCUACUUCUUCCCCCUCCCUCCCUCCCUCUGGCAGCAUUAUGAUAUCUUUAUCAUGUAUAAUAGAGAUAGAUAUAUACAAA